AUGCACUGAAUAAUUGAUUUCUAUUUAUGUAGUCGCAAGAGAGAGAGAGAGAUUCAGCUCCCAAACUAAAGGAAUCAAAAAGGGAAAAUGGAUCUCUCCGCUUCUUCUCUCUCUAAAACCCAUCCUCCAUUUUCUCUUUCCUCUACUUCCUCCUUUUCCGAUCAACUUACUUUCCAUCCAAACUAUGUACAACUGCUGCGAUUCCGCCGUUCUCACUGCGGACUCUUUCUCCGGAACCUACCAUCCAUUUCCCGCCAAAAUAAUCUCCCACCUGCUCGGCUUUCGAAUCAAACUUUUGACAAUGACGGUUUUGUCCUCGAAGACGUUCCUCACCUUACCAAUUUCCUUCCCGAUUUGCCGUCGUAUCCAAGCCCAUUGCAAAAGAGCCAAGCUUAUUCAAUUGUCAAGAAUACUUUUGUGAAUCCAGAAGAUGUUGUUGCCCAAACUAUUGUUGUUCAGAAAGAUAGUCGUAGAGGUGUUCAUUUUCGCCGUGCUGGGCCUCGAGAAAAGGUUUACUUCAAGCCAGAAGAGGUACGUGCUUGCAUAGUGACUUGUGGAGGAUUAUGCCCAGGAAUUAAUACAGUGAUUAGGGAAAUUGUGUGUGGCUUAAACAACAUGUAUGGUGUUAAAGAUAUACUUGGGAUUGAGGAAGGAUAUAAAGGGUUUUAUUCAAAAAAUACCCUGAGAUUGACACCCAAGUUGGUCAGUGAUAUCCAUAAACUUGGGGGAACCUUUCUUCGUACGUCUCGCGGAGGACAUGAUACCCAUAAGAUAGUAGAUAACAUUGAGGACCGAGGAAUAAAUCAGGUAUAUAUUAUUGGAGGUGAUGGUACCCAAAAAGGAGCUGCACUCAUUUAUGAGGAAGUUGAAAAACGUUGUCUUCAAGUGGCUGUGGCUGGGGUUCCAAAGACAAUUGAUAAUGAUAUUGCUGUGAUAGACAAAUCUUUUGGAUUUGAUACCGCGGUGGAAGAAGCCCAGAGAGCCAUUAACGCUGCACAUGUGGAGGUUAAUAGUGUUGAAAAUGGAAUCGGAAUUGUUAAGCUAAUGGGCAGAUACAGUGGUUUCAUUGCUAUGCAUGCAACUUUGGCAAGUCGAGAUGUGGAUUGCUGCUUGAUUCCAGAGUCUCCCUUUUAUUUGGAAGGAAGAGGUGGGCUUUUUGAGUUUAUUGAUCAGAGGUUAAAAGAAAAUGGACAUUUAGUUAUUGUGGUAGCAGAAGGAGCAGGUCAGGAAUAUGUUGCUGCAGAAGUGCAUACAUUAGAAGAGAAGGAUGCAUCAGGGAACAAGCUACUUCUUGAUGUUGGUCCGUGGUUAUCUAAUAAGAUCAAGGAUCAUUUCACGAAGAUUCGAAAGAUUGCUGUAAAUAUGAAAUAUAUAGAUCCAACAUACAUGAUUCGAGCAAUUCCAAGUAAUGCCUCGGACAACGUUUACUGCACUCUUCUUGCUCAUAGUGCUGUUCAUGGAGCUAUGGCAGGAUAUUCUGGCUUCACAGUCGGCCCUGUGAACAGUAGACAUGCUUAUCUCCCAAUCGCUCGUGUAACAGAGAGACCAAAUACAGUUGAGCUGACAGGUAGGAUGUGGGCGAGACUUCUUGAAUCGACAAAUCAACCAAGUUUUGUUGCCUCUGACCAACAAAGAGUUGAUAAAAUGAUCAUCGAAGAUACAAAUACGAAGAAUAUUACCUCUAUCUAGGUUUAAUAUGCGCAUUGAUUAACCUUAUAUAGUGACUGAUGCUUCAUGUUAUUUUUUUUUUUUAUUGUGAAAAUUUGAAUAUUGUUGAUUUACAUAGGGGCAUGAUAUAUGGCUGCACAUUAUCAUAUUUUUUUAUUGCUUAAUUAUAUAUACAAUUUGUGGCAACGUAUGACAUGGUCUACCAAUAAAAUCCCCACAAUUUGCAUGGGAGAACUACAAUCAAAA